AUGGCGCCGCCGACCAUCAGGCUCAACACCGGCCAGCAGAUGCCCCAGGUGGGCAUGGGCACCUGGAAGCUCGACACGGCCACGGCCGCCGACGACAUUUACAACGCCAUCAAGGCCGGCUACCGUCUCUUUGACGGCGCCUGCGACUACGGCAACGAAAAGGAGUGCGGCGACGGCGUCGCCCGCGCCAUCAAGGAGGGCAUCGUCAAGCGCGAGGACCUCUUCAUCGUCUCCAAGCUCUGGCAGACCUUCCACGCAAAGGACAAGGUCGAGCCCAUCUGCCGCCGCCAGCUCGCCGACUGGCAGGUCGACUACUUCGACCUCUUCCUCAUCCACUUCCCCGUCAGCCUCGAGUACGUCGACCCCAGCGUCCGCUACCCGCCCGGCUGGUUCUACGACGGCGAGAGCGACAUCCGCGUCGCCAACGUCACCAACCAGGAGACCUGGACCGCCAUGGAGGGCCUCGUCGACGCCGGCCUCGUCCGGGCCAUCGGCGUCUCCAACUAUCAGGCCCAGACCCUCUACGACACCCUCCGCUACGCCCGCAUCCGGCCCGCCACCCUGCAGGUCGAGCUGCACCCCUACCUCCAGCAGACCGAGAUUGUCCGCCUCGCCCAGGCCGAGGGCAUCGCCGUCACUGCCUACUCCUCCCUCGGGCCCGCCAGCUUCGUCGAGCUCGACAUGGACCGCGCUAAGAGCGUCACGCCCCUCAUGGGCCACCCCGUCAUCAAGGCCAUGGCCGACAAGUACCGCAAGUCGACCGCCCAGAUCCUGCUGCGCUGGUCCACUCAGCGCGGCAUGGCCGUCAUUCCCCGCGCUUCCGAGCCCGAGUUCAUGGCCCAGAACCUUGCCUGCACCAGCUUUGACCUCGACCAGGUCGACAUGGACCGAAUCGCCAAGAUGGACCUUGGCUUGAAGUUCAACCAGCCUACAAACUAUUUUGACACCGAUAAGCUUUGGAUCUUUGGAUAG